UUGUUAUUCUCUUUAUAGAAAUGGACCAGUUUUGAUAAAAUGUAGUACUCCAGCAUGCCUGACGGGAUAUGUUCAGUCAUGGCUUCCGAACUUUGCAAGACGAUUUCUGUGGCAAGGCUUGAAAAGCACAAGAAUCUGUUCUUAAAUUAUAGGAACCUGCAGCAUUUCCCACUGGAGUUACUGAAAGGUGAAGGCCUGCAGUACUUGGAGAGGCUCUAUAUGAAAAGGAACUCCCUUACAACCUUGCCAGAAAACCUUGCUCAGAAGCUUCCAAACCUUGUGGAACUAUACCUUCAUUCAAAUAACAUAGUUGUAGUUCCGGAAGCUAUCGGGUCCCUUGUGAAACUCCAGUGUCUGGAUCUCAGUGACAAUGCCUUAGAAAUUGUUUGCCCAGAAAUUGGUCGUCUGAGAGCUUUACGUCAUCUUCGAUUAGCUAACAACCAGCUGCAAUUCCUACCUCCAGAGGUUGGCGAUUUGAAGGAGCUGCAGACACUAGACAUUUCUACCAAUCGUUUGCUAACUUUACCCGAGAGGCUUCACCUGUGCCUUUCUCUGCAGUACCUCACUGUGGACCGCAACCGGCUAUGGCAUGUGCCUCGCCACCUCUGCCAGCUGCCCAGCCUCAACGAGCUCUCCAUGGCUGGAAACCGUCUCGCAUUUCUGCCCCUCGAUCUAGGUCGAUCUCGAGAACUACAGUACGUGUACGUGGAUAACAACAUUCACCUGAAAGGGCUGCCGUCAUACCUAUACAACAAAGUCAUCGGGUGCAGUGGCUGUGGGGCCCCCAUCCAGGUGUCGGAGGUGAAGCUGCUCUCCUUUUCAUCGGGGCAGCUGACCGUCUUCCUCCCAGCUGAGGUGAAGGCCAUAGGGACGGAGCGCGACCACGUGCUGCCUCUGCAAGAGCUGGCCAUGCGGGGUCUCUAUCGCACCUGUCACCACUUCCUCAAAGAUUUGAACUCGCUGUCUCCCAUCUCAUUACCCAGAAGUCUCCUGGAGCUGCUGCGCUGUCCCCUGGGGCACUGUCACCGGUGUAGUGAGCCCAUGUUUACCAUCGUCUACCCCAAGCUCUUCCCCUUGAGAGAGACGCCAAUGGCAGGGCUGCACCAGGGGAGGACAACAGUUAGUUUUGUGGCUUACUGCUGCUCCACCCAGUGUCUGCAGACUUUCGACCUGCUGAGUUGAUAAACACUCAUGAGCCUCAGGAGUGCUGCCAGCUUGCUGCUGCGGCCACCUCCCUGCGUGUCAGGCGCUGCGUGCGCCAGGCGGGAGAGUCCUGCGGGCUGGAAUAGGCGCUUCCAUCCUGUCCCGUGCAACACGGGGCCGCAAGAGCUCUCUGGAAGUGUGAUCGGGCGUCACAGCCGAAAUGCCUUCACCCUCCUCACGAGUCAGAAUACAUCCUCCCCCCAAACUAA